AUGUCUUUUGAUUUCAUUGCCAAAGGCCGGCCUCCACCUCGGGGAUCAAAACCCAAUGCAAGUGGACAGAUGAAGCCAAUGGCCCCUCUAGAUCGGAUAUAUCAGGAAAUAGCAAUCUUGAAGAAGUUGGACCAUAUCAACAUUGUCAAGCUGAUUGAGGUACUGGAUGAUCCUGCAGAGGACAAUCUAUACAUGGCAUUCGAUCUCCUCCCAAAGGGGCCUGUCAUGGAGGUGCCAUGUGACAACCCUUUUUCUGAAGAACAAGCUUGGCUCUAUUUCAGAGACAUUGUCUUGGGCAUUGAGUACU